CAGAAUCAAAGCGCUAUGUCGCGAUGUAUCUGUAUCACCGUUUCGCAAAAGAUUUACGUUGACGUUAAAUGUUUCACAUCUAAGACCUUCGUUUUAUGGAUGACGUUGAGAUAAGUAGAGCGAGCCGAUUAUUUAAGUAAAGUCGAUACGCCAUUACGUAGUUUGUAUGUACAUAAUUGUACAAAUGAUGCUCUUGCAUAAACGGUAUUCCGGUGUGUGACAGUGAAAGUGUUUCUCCUUGAAGUUUCUACUGUGAUCAUUGUCGAUGAAACUUCAAGUUAUGCAUACAAUAGAUGAAGAUUUCCCUGGCAUGUGCUUCGCUUCAACCAGAUGCGCUACUAUUGAACCAAACAAAACUUGGGAGCUUUCACCGUUCUGUGGUAGAUCCACUUGUAUAGCAGCUGACGAUAAUUCUGGUCGCCUUUUCGAACUUGUAGAAGAUUGUGGACCUUUACCAAAGGCCAAUCCAAAAUGCAAACUUUCUGAUAAAACCAACAAGACGGCCAGCUUCCCAGACUGUUGUCCGAUUUUCGAAUGCGAGGAGGGCGCCAAACUUGAAUAUCCUGAGAUUCCAACUUUGCCACCACCGACGGAAAUCUUUGAAAUUGAAAAAAUAACGGAAACGUCAACGGCGAAAGCUUAAUGCAUUGCGCACCCUAUUUUUGUUCUUUUUUGUCCCCCUCUUCCCUGAUUAUCUUAUUCGAAAGCGAAUAACACUUUUAAGCUCUCUCAAUCACGCCCGAUUUCUAAUUAGUAUCGCAUCGUAUCCUCAUCAUGGCGAAAUAGAUCGUAAUAGUGCCGUGAAUAAUUGGCCCCUGGCAACUGGUUAACAACUUGUAUCAUUAAUUUUACUUGCAAAUUUAUACGAAAUGUUACUUUCACUUCGAUUCCGGGUUAUAAUACUAUCGA